AUGGCGCUUCUCUCAGCCGAACACCUGGCUGGUCCGGGCUACAUUAUCCUCAACGUUUUGCGCGGUCUGAACAUCAUUGCUCUCGCUUCCGUGGUCGCCAGCAGCGUGGUCAUGCUGGUGAAGACCUUUAUCAUCUCCAAGUUCUUCUUCUUCGAUGCCACGAGCCAUGUGAUCACCGCAAUCGCCGGGCUCUUCUUCAUCGUCUCAGAAUGCUCGCUAUUCCGCAACUUCUACGCCCGCAACUGGCCACUCCUGAGCCCCUCGCAUGGCUUCGUGACUCUAGGUUGCGCGAUGAUGAUAGUCGGGCUCAACAUGCUCGGUAACAUGAACAAGGAAGCCACGAGCCAAGAGUCGCUCACCCUACCUUUCUGGCGCCUACUCGUUGCCUCUGGCAUCCUAGCCAUCGUCAUCGGCUUCUUCAACAUCGUCGCGAGCUUCGUCUUCCGCGACAAGUCCCGGCGAAUCACCGCCCGCAUGGUCCGCUCACGAGGCGCCAUGACCCUCCACGAGGACGCCGAGACACAAUCCCAAUACGACCCCAAGCACAAAGCCUUCACCAUAACCACGCACCACACAGGCAGCACCUCCUCACGCAGCAACUUCAACAACAGCCCACCCCCCAUGCGCACAGGCACCCCACCCGUCGACUGCGGCUCCCCUCAAGUCCCGUCCCCCACCAAGGAAGACCCAAACCGCCUCUCGCAAUUCGACUUCAGUCCCCUCCGCGCCUUCCGCAACGCCCGCCAGUCCUUCCUCCCUUCCUACCACAGCCAGUCACCAGCUAAACCCAGCUUCUUCUCGCACCACCGCCCCUCCAGCUCCAUCUACUCGCGCACCACGUCGGGCGAGCCCGCACGCAAGAAGUUCUGGCAGCGCCAGCGCGAGGAGCAGGAGGAGGAGACUGCGCGCAUGCCGGAGAUUAGCUAUCCGUUGAAUGUUAACCCGCAGUUUGCUCAUCUUGUUAAGCCGAAUUUGGCGCAUCAUCCUAGUGUUAGGAGGCCUGAGGCGGAUUAUGAGAAGUUUUAG